CAGCCAGGAGACACUCUGCUCGGCUGCGGGAUCGGACGCCCCUAGGAGCGCCCUGGGUAUUUUCCUCAGAGGAGCCUCCGCUCCCAGCCGCUCCCUGUGGGAGCAGACCAUGACCUCCUGAAGCUGCAGACAAGCGUGGGUAGCUGCAACCACUUGGAAGAAAAAGCAGAAGAGGAGAGAGAAAUGCUGCCCAAAUCUUUGCAGUGUGAUCAGUGUUAAUAAAGCUUCUGACUGACCUCUUUUAAAAUGCACUUGCGUUAUUACACAUUUGGAGUCACAGUAUUCCCCAACACUCUAGUGCAGUCUUUGGCCAUCCACCCACUGGCUGCUUCAGAGAAGGAAUGAAAACGAAGAGGCUCUAACUCCAGUGGUCACCCUGCUGGCUAAAAAAUCACCAGAGCUGAGGGUCACGCACAGAAAGUGGAAGGGGACGGUGCUCCCUGCACCUAUAGCUGGAUGACGUGGGAAGGUUCAGCCCAAGGAAAAGUCCUGGACAGUGCUGAGAGAAGUUGCAGCCUCCUUUCCUGCUCCUGGGGCAAGGCCUGGGGCCAGCACCCUGCAGUGACCCUCACAGCCUGCGGACUGCUCUGCCCGAAUCUCCAGGGUGCAGCAGUCUCCUUGGGGAGGCAGCUCCCUGACAGGGCAGGCUGCAGCCCCUGUUGUGACACGCGAUGAGGCAACAGCGGGGCCGUCUGUGACAUCACACCACGUCCUGCUCAAAAGCCCUGUGCGCCGCGACCUGCCCUCACUUGGCUGCGAGGCCUUCAGGAGGCAGUGGCUGGUGCUGCUCUGCUGGUGCUGCCGCUGUGAUCUUGAGGAGCUGCCUUGCAGAAAGGAGCCAAAGGCACUGGGAAGCAGCGUCCCCGCGUGGGACAAUUCCUGCUGACGAGUGGAGGAGGCCCGGAGCGAGAUGGAGGCCAGGAGUGCUCCCAUCCUGUGCAACGGCCGCCUCAUGUGUCCAACACUCAUGCACCUCCAGGACGAUGAGAUUGUGAAAGUUUGGGAUGCAGUAUCCCACUUCAUCCGCAGGCAGUUUGCGCUGAACAAGGGUGUCACAGUACCUGGGCUGGGCACCUUCUUUGCUGUUAAACAGGACCGGCCCAUGGCAGGCGUUAAGCUCCUUGAUGCAAAGAAGCCCGUCUUCCAGGUUUCGGAGCACUUUGCCAAUGUUCAUGGGCUCCCUUACAAGAAAGAAACUUUUCCUGGAAUACCUCCAUUUGUUUUCCUGAAUUAUGCCUGGCUGUCCUUGGACAUCGGCAUUCCUCGGGACACCGUGCAGCGCUGCAUUCAGGAGACCCUGCUCUUUCUCUCCUACAGCCUUGCAAAGAAGCAGGCUGUGGAUUUCAUCUUCAAGGACAUCGGCCGUCUGGUCUUCCGCAAGAGCAGAGUCCAAAUGCACUUUUCCUCCGACUUUGUUCACAACCUGAAUAGCAACGGCCAGCUGUUGAAAUGCCGCCUCACUAGGUUAAGCACAACGGAUUUGGCCACAUCGGAGAGAAAAAGCAUGGUCCCACACCCAGCUUCUCGAGGUGUCAUCAUCUUUCCCAGGAUUGGGCUCUACAUACCUCGGGGAAGAGCUGCAGGGGAAGGGUCUCUCCAAGCACCCAAGGGUUCUGCUUUGGAGAAGAAGGGAGACGCAAGUGUGGAGGGAGAGUCUACCAGAAGAGGGAUGCCUCCUAUUAAGAGCCAGCUGCUUACACCCAAGAGUCUCUCUCUAUCCAGACUCUCCAAGAUGAAAGGGGAGGCAUAUCUGGGCCAGGCUGCAGGGGAAAAAGUGCCUUCACCCAGAAUGCCAACAGCAAGUCAGGAGAGCAACUCAAAGAUGGCAGAAGAGGGGAAGGGCAAGCACUGUGCUGCAGCCUGGCCCCAAAAUCAAGCCCCUGCCUGUGAAGGUCAACGGAGAGCAGGACAGGAAAUACGCUGCCUGUACCGCCAAGAAGAUGAGAAAACUCUGCAGGCAUUGUUGGUUGAGGAGCAGCUGAAGAAAGAAUGGGAGAGACAGAACAUGUGGGCACAGUGCAAGGCUCGUGGCAAAACGAACGGGGGAGAGAGUAUCUGGCAGAAGACGCAGAUGGAAAUGCAGAGGCUGCAGACAGAGAGUGCAUCCUCCAUGGCACUUGUGGAAUGGAAAAAGUCUCUGCAGAUGGUGCCAGUGGACAUGAAACAGCAGCAUGUCCUCGUCCCUCACCCGCCGGAGAAGAAGGCUGAGGCAGCUCCUCUGAGCAAACCAAGUGCCAGCUGCCUUUCAGUGCGGACUGAGCGCAUCAGGAAACAGCUGGUGAAGAGAAAAGAGGUCCUGCAGAAAGACAAGACCAAGAGCAGAGUUGUCCACAUCCCUGGAAAUUCUGCAGAGGAUCUUCUGAUUUGCGUUGGUGAGAAAAUCCCUGUGCUUCCAAUGCCAAAGAUGACACGAGCAUCAGGGAAACCAGCGAGGACCCCUCGCAGCUGUGAGCAGCUGCGAGCCCAAUAAAGUCUUUUGCUUCCUGCUGGAAGGACCAGCACGGGCUUUGUAGUGUUCUGAUUUCACAGAAACACAGAAUGGUUGAGGUUGGAAGGUACCUGAAGAGGUCAGCUUGGCCAACCCCCUGCUCAAACAUUGCUACCCAGCACCAGUGUCCAAGGAGCAUGUCCUGUGGAGAUGGCUUUCAAGUGUCUCCCCUUGAGGAGGGAGACUCUACAGCCUCACUGGAGAACCCGUGAGAGGACUCGCUCACCCACACACUACAGAAAUGGAUCCUGAGGUUCAGAUGGAAGCCACUGUGUUUGCUUCUGUGCCCAUCGCCUCCUGUCCUGUCAUUGGGCUCCACUGAAAUGAGCCUGGCUCCAUUGCCUUUGCACCCUGCCCGCAGGCAUGCAGUUAUCCACUGAUCCCCCCCUGAGCUUUCUCUUCUCCAGGCUAAACAGUCCCAUCUCUCCCAGCCUCUCUUCAUAGGAGAGAUGCUCUGUUCCCUCAAUAAUCCACCUCACAAUUUUUGUGGGACUGUUAAACAGUUCAAGUAGCACCACUCGUGGCCUGCCAAGACAGCCACGAAGGCCUCCUAGCUGAGGCUGCUGAUUCUCCCUUGCUGAAAGCCAGGUGCCCUUAGGAUCCAGCAUCAGAUCCUGCCUGUGCCUGGAGAGCUGGGAAGAGCUGGGAGCUCUUGAUCCUUCCAGGGUGGAACUUCCAAGGUAACGGCUCACUGCAACCUUCCCUUUGGUCCCAGGAAAAAAAAAAAAAAAGCAUCAAGCACCUGCCCUCACUCCUCACUCAGCCCAGAAUUAGCAACAAGUCUUCCUUCCCUGCUGGUACUGCUGCCAAGGGAGCUUUGGAGUUAAGAGCCUCUUUUUGGGAAACGGCUUUUCCAUGACCUCUUGGGUCUGCACAUUGCCAAAAAACAGAGAGAGAGAGAGAGUUUGAAACUUGGGAGAAAGGAAGGAAAGCCAGCAGGGCCAAACACUAUCCCAGGGACUUUAAAUCUGCACAGCACAAAACUGAAGGACAAGUUGAUUUUUUUUGUCACAUCACUCAUACAAGAAAGUGAAGAGCUCUCUUUCUCUCACAUGCUCUCACAAUUUUCAUUCUCUCCUCCUAAAACUUUCGGGGACUUUGAUCCCUCAUCAGGCAGCCUCGAUGCAAGUUGCUGUCAAUUCCACUUGGGUGGAAUACCUCUUGCUGAAUUGCUGCCUUUGGCCUUAGAGAUCCCAAUCUAUAGGCAUCCUUUGAACUGAUUUCCUCAAAUCCCUUUUAAGCACAUCAUCCUGAAGUCUACUGAACCCGGCCCAUGUAAUCUGCUACGUCACAUAAUGCUGAAAGCUUGUGACCGAGUGAGGGUGCCACGGAGAAAACCUCCGUGUUGUGGGGCACACGCUCGUCCCUCACAGACCACGUGCGACGUGGCCAUCUGACACAUGGAGACACUGAGGGAGGGUGCCAGGCACAAGCUCUAUAUUAAACACUCGUGAAGCAUUCCUUCUUCCUUAUUCCCUUUCGAGAUUUCAUGAAUAAACAAAUGGCAGUUCUAGCAUUUCCUUCCCACACCCAAAUGGAUCACCUUGCACACCCCCUGGGGCACUCUCGAGGAUUGUAUGGGACUGA